AUGACAUAAAUUCCACACUGGAAUUAGAGGAUGGAAUAACUCGGAAAAAUGUAUUAAAUGCUACGAUGGAGUUAGAGGAUGUAAUAACUCGUAAAAAUGUAUUAAAUUCAACGCUGGAGUUAGAGGAUGGAAUAACACGUGAAAAUGCAUUAAAUGCUACGCUUGAGUUGGAAGAUAUGGUUAUUAUCGAGAAUCCUAAUGCUAAAAUAUUGAAAGAAAAGUUAUUACAAGAAGGACGACAAAGACAAUUGGAAAUGUUAUAUAAUAGACAAUUUAAAGAAAAGGAUUUGUAA